AUGGUUCCCAAGAAAAAGAAGCGGUUAUUCCGUGACUAUAGAUUACGUGCAAUACUUGUGACAACUUAUGGAUGGGUUGUGGGAAUGGGAGCCAGAAAUUGGCGUUUAUUUGGGGAACUCAGUAACAAAGUCGUGGAAAUAGUUGUGUUGUCAGUGGACUGCCAUUGGCUGAGCACUUCAUUUGGGGGCAAAUCUGAGCGCUCAGCCAAUCAGAGACCACAUCCGUUGCCAUACAUUUGGUGCAAAUAUUUUGGCGCUAAAUCCGAUUCAUGCGAUCCUUUUAUUCAUGCUAAGAGUCGGCUACGCGUGAGACAAGCGCUCAACCACUUCAUAGUCGGUCCAAAAAAUAUAAUACCAAUCAAUCAGUUGAUGCCAUCUUCUAGUGUGUCAUCAGAUCAAAGCACAGCACCGGCGGACACAAUGCCGGCGUCUGAUCCCGGAGUACAAGCCGGUGAUGAAGACAACAACUGCUCGCAAGCACCGGAAGAAUCAUCAGAAUCUCAAGAAUUGCCACAACAAUCGUCUGCCGACAAGAAACUGAACUCAAAUGAAGAGCCCGUGUGUGACGAGACACCUGUGCGGCCACCACCUGAACCGCAAUCCCAGCCCCAGUCGACAGCGCCAUCGCCAUCAUCGGCACCGGUCGCAGGACCGGGUGGACCGCCACUGCAGUCAUCCGUACAUCAAAUGCAAACCCAAUCUUCAUAUUUGAUGCGAUUCUCAUCGCAUCUGCGAAUAAAGUCACUGGUCGCCAAGACUGUCCCCUUUGCCAAACACGAUCACACCCUUACACCCUUGCCGUCACAUUUGGCAAAGAGUUACAGCUCUGGACAAUGUUUUCCCCUGAAAGUGACUGUUUGUCAGAAGUAUAGGAUUCCCUACGCGUAUACAACACUUCCAAACAAAUUCGGACAAACAGAUCAAUCAGAGAUAAAUCAACAACUGAUGGAUUACGAGCCCAUAAUAAGUCGCCAAAAUGCAACUCAACUGGACAUUCAGUACCGACGUGUCGGACUUUAUGUCGUGUAUACUGGCGUUCAUAAGAACCAAUUCUUAAAUAGAUAUGAUGAGAAACGGCUCACGACUGUACAUAAGAGGAAAGGCUGUAUAACGUGUCUGACUGUCUGUAUUCCCAAUUGUAAAUCCCAAACAUACAGAGACUCAGCUGAGAUGUAA